GGACCCAGUCUUCCCGGAGAGGAUCGCUGCCCGGACGCCACACAGGAGGACACCGCGGCCGCACUCUCAUUGGUUCCAGGAAGCCGGAAGUGCGUGCGUCUGGCGGAAGUGCUCUUCCUGUGCGGUCCGCCCGGCCGGGCCCUCAGCUAGCUCCACCCCCAGGUGGUUUGAACUCUGAACCUAUUGUCCUGAUGAAGUUUCGAUUUCUUCAAGUUGAUGACAUUUGGAACUUCAAGAAUUGGAGGUUUAUGCAAUUUGAGACCGUCAGAACGGUGAGGUGCUCAGCCUUAACAGCCAGAGAAUAAAAUGGCUUCCAGAGGAAAGAUGGAGACAAGCAAAUUAAAGCAGAAUUUAGAAGAGCAGUUGGAUAGACUAAUGCAGCAAUUACAAGAUCUGGAAGAAUGCAGAGAAGAACUUGAUACAGAUGAAUAUGAAGAAACCAAAAAGGAAACUCUGGAGCAACUAAGUGAAUUCAAUGAUUCACUGAAGAAGAUCAUGUCUGGAAAUAUGACUCUGGUAGAUGAACUGAGUGGAAUGCAGCUGGCUAUUCAGGCAGCUAUCAGCCAGGCCUUUAAAACUCCAGAGGUCAUCAGAUUGUUUGCAAAGAAACAACCAGGUCAGCUUCGGACAAGAUUAGCAGAGAUGGAUAGAGAUCUGAUGGUAGGAAAGCUGGAGAGAGACCUGUACACUCAACAGAAAGUAGAGAUACUAACAGCUCUCAGAAAACUUGGAGAGAAGCUGACUACAGAUGAUGAGGCCUUCUUAUCAGCAAAUGCAGGGGCCAUACUCAGCCAGUUUGAGAAAGUCUCCACUGACCUUGGCUCUGGAGACAAAGUUCUUGCCCUAGCAAGUUUUGAGGUUGAAAAAGCAAAAAAAUGACAGUGUGGAAGCUUCUGAUAUUGAUCACACUCUUACUGUAAAUAGUGUUUUUUCUUCUGAGGAUUUUGAGUCAUUGCAAAAAAAGAGAGUCUCAAAAUGCAUUAAUAUCCCAAGAACUGGUGACAUGGAAACAUACUAUGGCUUCUGUUUAUACUCUUCAUCAUUCUACUUUGUAUAGGGCUUCCUGCUUGAGUGACCCUGGACUUGUUGGGACAUUGGGACCCACUGAACUUUAUUCAUUAUGAUUUGUCUGUUUAAGACAGAACAGAAAAUGAACUUCUUAUUUUUUUUUUAAGGGUCCUUAUUUUUAAGUGCUUAUAGUGAGUGGGAAGAUAUGAGCUAAUGAUUCUUUUCUGUUCAUAACUUAUCUUUAGAAUGAACAUUGCAAUAUCACUAGACUUCAUAUAUAUUCAUAGAAUUCAGAGUCUAAGUGAUCUUAGAAAUCCAUUUUCAUUUUAGAAACUAGGAAAUUGAAACAGUAAGAGCCAAGUAAUUUGUUGAAAGUCACAUUAGAGACUGGGGAUAAGACUUAAGUGUCCUGACUCCCAGUUUAUCACCCAUGAGUUUUAUUUCUUUAUUCUGUACUGUUUUUUAAUUAAAAAAUAAUUGACUUGGGUUGAUGCAAGUCAGUGUCUAUGAAAACUCUAUGUCCCAACCCAAAGUUAGCUGGGCAUUAAGGAUCCAGAUCCCCAGCCUUGCAGUUCCCCAGCCUGAGAGCUCAGCUCAGCAUGAAUGGGGCCCAUUGUAUCCCUGAAUUUCAAACUCAGCACAAUGGGAGCCCUGUUGAGGCUCCUGAAGUAACUUAACCUCCCGUGCUGUGUCACUACGGAAGCAAUAGGAAAUGGCAGCUAUAAACCCUCCCUGUGUAUAACCUCUUGCCAAACUCAGAGGGUGGCAACAGUAAGCUACUAUCAACUCUUCAGUUUUUGGAGAGACACAAAAUAAGUUAGGAGGAAAAGCAAGCUUCUCUCCUGGGUGUCUGAGUCUAGGCAGUAGCAAAUAUAUAGCUGUGUCCCUGUGCAUGUACGUUAGCUUUGGCCAUUUUAUAUGUUUUCAUAUGUUUCUCAGUAGUGUUUCUUUGCACUUUAUACAAAUUAAAAGCAUUUUUAACACUUCUUGUAUACUGUAAACUCUACUAGGUGCUUUGCCAACUGAACAUAUUAAAGGACCUCAGCUACAUUGAUGCCUUAUUUGGAACUUUUAAUGAUUUUUGUUGUUUUUGAGACAGGGUCUCUGUAAUCUUGAACUCCUGUGCUUCAGUGAUCCUGCAUCAGCCUCCUGAGUAGCUGGAACUACAGGCAUGUAUCACCAUGCCUGGCUAAUGUGUUAUUUUUUUAUAUAUAUACUAGUUUAUGACCAUCAAAAAUUCAAUGAAAUUGUGACAAAUUAGAAAAAUUUCUGGCUAUUCAUCUAGAACUUUUUGAUUAUCAUUUCUUUUUUCUGUGCUUUUUAAAUGGAGGUGAAAUUUGUAUAACAUAAAAGUCACCUUUUUUUUUUUUUUUUGUACUAAGGAUUGAACCCAGGAGCACUUAUCACUGAGUAACAUCCCGAGUUCUUUUUAUUUUUUUAUUUUGAGAUGACAGGGUCUUGCUAAAUUGCUUGCCUCACCAAGUUGCUGAAGCUGUCUUUGAACUUGUGAUUCUCCUGCCUCAGCCUCCUGAGUUGCUGGGAUUACAGGCAUGUGCCACAACUCCAUCAUUUGAUAAUGUCCAGUUCAGUGGCAAUUGGCAUGUUUGCAGUCUUGUACGGCCACCACCAUUCUCUAGUUCGGAAGCAUUUUUAUCACCCCCAAAGGAGACCUUCAACCUAGCAAGCAGAUAUCCUCCAUCCCAUCUCCUCCCGGCCCUGCAGCAACCAUUAGCCUGCUCUCUGCUCUAGGGUUUUAUCUCAAACUGUGUAUUCCAUGUAAAUAGAAUCAUAUAAGUGA